UUUUUUUUUUUUUUUUUUUGCUAAAUCGCGAAGUCGUCAAUACCAAUUAGAUUUCUCUUCCGCACAUCAAUCACAUCCACAAAUUCUCUUCUCCGCUCUCUAAAGGUUCUGAUUUUGAUAAUCGACGCUGCGAUCUGGUCAUCGCUCACCCACAAUCGUUACUUUUACACACAUACAUACAUACAAAUAACAAUAUAUCCCUUAUUUAAUUCGGAAGCCCGCGACACGAGAUUAAUAAAACCCACAGAGAACCCACACCACACCAUACCAUACCUUGGCUCGGACGAACAGCAGACGAAUACGCUACGCUGGACAAACAAAAGGGCUAGCUGGUCUAUCUUACCAUCAAUCUACCACUUUUGCGAUACUGUACAUACUUCAUACCUCGAUCUACAAUAAACCGCUCCCCGAACAAUCAUCCAAGAUGAAGACCGCAUUCGCCACAACGCUCCUCGCCGCGCUCUGCGCAACCCUCGCCAGCGCCGGUGUCGUUAUCACACCCAUCCACCAGAACCAGAUCGUGCCCAAGGCGAGCAACGACUGCUUCUUCGGCCAAACGACUCCUUUCGGCUGCGGUCCUGUCCGCUCGUGACGAGCCCGCGCUCACGUUUCUUUCCACGUCUUGAACUAGAGAGAGAGAGGUCCGUUGGAGUGGUAGAUCUGGUUCCGAGGGACGAACAAGGAAAGCGCCGGCGUUGGGUAAAUAAAUAGAUCUUGAGGUUCUUGAGAGAGAUUACUUCGGUCACUUGGAUACAGUCAAGUUAAUGGUUACAUGGAGAAGAUCGCGAAGGAAGAUUUGUGGUUGUGAAAUUCGGUAUCGAAUGUGUGGCAUUGUGUUUGAGCCUAUGUAACUUUGUGGUUAUUGAUUUUCGUCGUUACAACUGGGAAAUACAAAAUUGACUUCGCAAUUCGUAAA